UCGUGGAAAGAACCUUUGCAUGUAUGCCUCCGCCAUCGCUUAUUACCUCCAAUCAUCGUGAAGGGGACAAGAACAUAAGUUCCUUGAGCAGACCGCUAAGUCCUCAGAUUCGCCCGCCCGGGAACGCCCAGUCAAUCUCAGCUUCUCCACCGCUCUUUCCCCUUCGCUUUCCACGUUCUCUAAAGUCUAGUCCUCUUUAUUCCCUCUCCAUUUGCCAAUUUCCAAACUUGAUUCCCCCCCCCCCACAUAUAUGGGGGUCUUCGACGAAGAGCCAUCGUCGCGAUCGCCCAUGGAUGAUGAGAAGCGGAGGAACCACCGCGACCCCUCCAAGGGCGCGGCGGCGUCGCCUCUCUCGGUAAUCGCCGACGCGUUCGAGAAACUGACCGGCUCGUUGAGUAUUGACCGUAGAAGGAACGACGGCGGAGGGCUCCGGUUGGACGCUUUCUGCGACGCCUGCGCUCCCGUCUCGGUUCUCUUGGGUUGCCUCGGGAUCGCCUUCAACUUCGCCGAACUGGAGUACGUCUCCAAGGUGUGUGAUCUAAUGGAAGCAUCAAAAAACUAUGGCACUUUACAGAAAAUAAUUGAUGUUGAUGUUGCCAAUUGCACAGUGAAGAAGCAAGGAAGCCACACACGGAAUCUCCGUCGGGUUAGGCUAGGUCUGGACCUCGUCAGAGCUUUAUUUGAGCAAUUUCUGUCUUCCCAUGACAACUCCUUGAAGGAAGCAGCUACCACAGCUUAUUCUCAGGUUUGUGCGCCAUAUCACUCAUGGGCAAUCCGGACAGCAGUUUAUGCAGGAAUGUAUGCCCUCCCAUCAAGGGAUCAGCUUCUGCUAAAGCUCAAUGAGAAUGAUCAUAGUGCGGAAAAGAAGAUGAGGAGGUACAUCAACGCCUGUAUCCCAGUGAUCGAGUACAUUGAUAAGCUUUAUCUAUCUAGGAACAUAAGAUUGGACUGGUGAUCUAAUGUGCAUAGACGGCAAACACGUGAUGGAUCACAAAGUGUGCCUAUACUGAACUGAUCAUCCGCUCCGAGAGAACCCGACCAUCGAAGGGAUCAUUUAACACUUAGUCAUUAGCGCAGGAUGUGUUUUCUUAUUGUAUGUAAUGGAACGGAUCCGGGUUUUAUCAGUUAUGUUCGCCAUUUUCUUUUCGUUUUCCUCCCGAGGCUGUAAUCCUUGUAGGGGGACUAUGUGGCCCGAACACCAUCUUACGGGAGCUCUGGUGCUCCUCUAGCAAAUGGCCGCAUCUUUGUGUUUCAGGGGAUAAUGCCGCUAAUACUCGUACUCUUGAAAUUCAAAACUUUACUGUUGCUUUUUCGUUCAAUGUACUCGUAAAUGGUCUUUCUGUUCAAGUGCUCUAUCGUAAUGC